AUGUUUUCCCGGUCGGCGGGGUCCACCCCCAGUGCUCCCACGUCCAAUCUCUUUGGCGGGGCCACGACCAACAAUACCUCGGGUGGUGGUCUUUUUGGCAACAACAAUAACCAAUCACUGGGCGGCGGGCUUUUUGGCAACAACCAAAACACGGCAUCAAACACUUCCAGCGGCGGCCUCUUUGGGAAUAAACCAGCCACUACCGGUACUGGCACGUCAGGAGGAUUAUUUGGAGCCCAAAACAACACCACCAACACCUCGGGAGGCCUCUUUGGCAACAACAACAACGCUGCCAACACCAACAAUACCAACACUCUGGGGGGUCUUUUUGGCAACAAACCCGCUACCGGUGGUCUUUUCGGCAACAACAACACCCUGAAUAAUACCACCACUAAUUCUGGCGGCGGGUUAUUUGGCAACAACGCCCUGAACACCAACACCAAUACUUCGGGUGGUCUCUUCGGAAACAACAAUAACCAGACCAGCAAUACCUCUGGUGGUCUUUUUGGCAACAACAAUGCUACGAGCAACACUCUGGGAGGGUUAUUUGGCAGUUCUGGCGCCAAUAACACCUCAUCUCUGGGGGGUCUUUUCGGCAACAAGCCGGCGACGCUGACUGGCGGUGGCCUCUUUGGCAAUAACAACGCUCUGAACACCACUACCAAUUCUCUGGGAGGCCUCUUUGGCAACAAACCAGCGAGUUCAGGCGGUCUUUUCGGCAACAACAAUGCUACCACUAACACGCUGGGAGGGUUGUUUGGCAACAAUAACGCUCAAAGCAAUACUCUGGGUGGUCUUUUUGGCAACCAGAACCAAUCGAACCAGGCUUCCGGUGGCUUGUUCGGCAACAACGCCCAGGCCAACAACCAGGCCAAUACCCAGGCGGUGCCGCUGUUGACAGCGAUGACCCGGGUGGGCGACUUGCCCCCUCAGCUCAAGCAGGCGUUGGAGGAGUUGAACCAGUACAUCGACACCCAGCACACCAUUGCCCAGGCGCUUGAGAGCGACUCCGCCAAGCACAACCAGCUUGUGGAGCUGAUCCCCGAGGACAUCCGCUACUUGCAAAAUAAGUUCCUGGCGACGAAGCAGGCGCUCAACUUCGAUACCAACCAGCUUCUAACGUUGAAACAACAGAACAACGAACUCACCGAGGACGUGAGCAACAUCAUGCAGUUGAUCGUCCAACUACAGACGCCGGGGCUGCGGUUGGCGCUGCUGUUCCAAUUGAACGAGUUCUUCGUGAGAAAGAUCAACAAGUACCGCGACAUUCUCGCCGACUACGAGAAGAUGGUGCUGGAGAUCUCCACCGUGUUGUGCGGGUUGGAGAAGCUGUGCACCGAGGGCUUCGGCAACGUGCUCAGUGUGGUGCUGGUGAUCCGCAACCAGUUCCAAAUGUUCAUGGAACUCUGCGAAGUGAUGGCCCAGCUCCACGCCGAAGUGUUGAGAAUCGCUAAAUAG